AUGGUAUUCGAUUGUGCAGGUAACCAAUGCGAACAUGCUAGGCUCUCCAAUCCAGCAUUCACGCUAGACACGAUAUCUGAGAAGGCCAAACAGUUGGGAAGACAUGAGAAGGAUAUCGGACAAAAUAUUGCUGUGACAAAAUGCGUCGAAACCAAGAUUCAGGAGGAGAUAAGACAGCUAAACACAGCUUCAGACCUCAAAAGCAACAACGCUGAACGAGCGCAACAGAAGUCCUUUUCAGAUCUAGUUGAUGACGAGUCCAACGACGCGACGAAGGAGCUAACAACCGAGCAGCAGCUCCUCAAGUCUUCGGAUCAGACAUACUAUCAGCUUAGCAAGGAGGCCCUCAGAAAGACAAUGUCCCAAUGUACUGGGACCAAUGUGUCGAUAAGAGGAGUUACAGUGACAGAACAGGGACUCACAAUUAACGGCGUCAUACCAGAAACAGGAAAAGAGCUAAAGAUUUAG